AUGAGAAGAGCGACAUUUUCUUAUAUACUGGAGCUCAUAUAUGAGGAUAUUAAUCCAAAAGUUACUAACUGUAACAAACAAAUCGAUGCUGAGGAUCGUUUGUUUGUUACAUUAAGGUAUUUAAUAACUGGUGUAUCAUUUGCACAACUAGCUUAUAGUUCAAGGAUCUCAAAAUCCUGUAUAAGUAAUAUUGUGAAAUCAGUGUGCACAGCAAUUUGGAAUGCUGCUGCACAUAUUCACAUGCCUAAGCCUAAUAAAAAUGAUUGGGAAAAAAUUUCCCAGGAAUUCCUGCUUCAAUCAGGAUUCCCAAAUUGUAUUGGGGCUAUAGAUGGCAAGCAUAUAUAUAUCAAGAGCCCUGCCAAUGGCUCACAAUUUUAUAACUAUAAGCAUAGAUUUUCUAUUAACCUGUUAGCCCUAACAGAUAUUAACAGGAGAUUUAUUUACAUAGAUGUGGGUGCAUAUGGAAAGCAAAGUGAUGGUGGUGUUUUUAGAAAUAGCUCUUUAUAUAGAGAAUUGAUGAACCAUACACUUGAUAUGCCUGCUCCUAAACCAUUUCCAGGUUGUAAUGAGGCCAUACCAUUUGUAAUGGUUGGGGACGACGCAUUCCCUUUGUCAAAUUAUUUGAUGAAGCCCUACCCCAAAAGAAAUCUGACAACAGAAGAAAGGGAAUAUAACAUGAGGCUGUGCCAUGCUCGAGUAAGUGUAGAAAGAAGUGGAAUAGUCAAAAAAUUUGACAUUCUAAGUAAGCCAAUAGAAAUAGGACUACCUAGCAUAGAGAUAGUGAUAAAGGCUAUUUGCAUCCUACAUAACCUUAUCAUCAACAAAGAAGGAUCAGCUUCCAUUGAUGAUAUAGAUCCUACAUUGGCUAACCUUACAACAAGACCAUUUUUGGCAAGCAGGGAAAACAACUCAAGCUCACAGGAAUCUAAAAUCAUUAGGGAUAAAUUUAAAAAUUUUAUAAAUUCUUAA